AUCAUUAUUACUUAAUUGUAUUAAUUUUGUGAAUGUGAAAUGCUAAAACUUAAAAUAAACAGUAAAUCUCUAAAUGAUAAUGCAAAACGUGUUGCAGCGGCAGAGAAGAUGGUGCACCUGAGGAGAGCGCGAAAAUUCUAUUCGAAACUGGAAGAAGUUACAAACUUAAUAAAAACAGAUGACACUGUUUUUGGAAUUUGUAUCGAUUACAUGCAAAAUCUUAAGUUGCCCAGUAUUCCUAUACAAGAAGCCUUUAAUUUGAGACAACUUGUGAAUGUUUUUUGUAUACACAACCUUAAAGACAACUCAGCUAUGUUUUAUCUAUAUAACUAAUAAAAUAAGGAAUUGCUGCCAAGGGACUGAAUGAAGUUUGUUCAUUUCUGAUAGAUUAUUUGAAAAACAUCAUAGAAAAUGUUCAAACUUUACAUCUUUUUUCUGAUGGAUGUCUAGCACAGAACAAAAACAAUACAGUCUUAAGAUUGUUUAUGGCACUAGUUUCUCAGGACAAGUUCCAAACAAUAAAUCAGUACUUUCCAAUACGAGGAUACUCCUUUUUACCAUGUGAUCGUGACUUUUCUGUUGUCAAAAGAGGUUUGAAAAAAUUUGAUCAUACAUAUACUCUUGACGAAUACAGAAAACGUAUACUUGAGUGUCCUCAAAAGCAAAAGUUUUCCAUUAAAUUUCCGAAAACAGAAGAUAUUAUAGAUUUCAAACAGUGGUGGCCAAAAUAUUAUAAAAAAACCUGCUUAUCAACAGAAUCUCAGGGAAGGGGAAUCCGAAAAGAUCUUAAGGUGUUAUUCAAGAUAAACCAGUUUAUGCAUUUUACGUAUUCGUCAAAUACACCUAACAAGGUUACUGCUAGAGAUUUUAUAGAAGGAUUGUCAUCCCACACAUCUUUUUCAAACUUCAAAAGAAAAAUGUGUACCUUUGCCUGAAGAACAAGCAUAUACAGGCCCUUUACCCAUAAUUAAAAAAAAAAAAUGGAUAACCUAAAGACAUUUCAAAAAUAUUUAACAGAUGAUGCUGCUGUUCAAAAUUUCUGGAAUGAAAUUUAUUCAUUGCCUACAAAGGAAACUGAAGACUAGAAAAUGUUACUAUAUACAUUUUUUUUUCUAAGUUAAACUACAAAAGAAUGUUUUUGUUUAAAUAAAUACAUUUUUUUUAUUUAAA